GUGGGAGGAGCAACGGCUCAUAUAGGAGAUCCUAGUGGCAAAACAAAAGACAGAGAGGAAAUUUCAGCAGAAACUGUGGAACAAAACAUCAUAGGUCUGACGGAAAAUCUGGACAGAAUAUUUACAAAUCAUGCUUUACAUCUGUGGAAAGAUGAUAGAGACCUUAAAGAUGUGAAAAUUUUAAAUAAUAGAAGUUGGUAUGAUGACAUGAAUGUGAUAGAAUUUCUCACAAAGAUUGGACGAUACUUUAGAAUGAACAGUAUGCUUAAUAAACAUAGUGUAAAGUCUCGCCUGGCAUCACAAGCUGGCAUGUCAUUUACAGAAUUUACAUAUCAAACUUUCCAGUCGUAUGAUUGGUUAUAUUUACUGAAGAAUCAUGACUGCUAUAUCCAGAUAGGUGGACAUGACCAGUAUGGGAACAUUACAGCAGGAAUGGAUCUCAUUGACAAAGCUUUAAAGGAAAGAACAUUUGGUUUAACUUUACCAUUAAUAACAACAUCCCAGGGACAUAAAGUAGGAAAAUCUGAAGGCAAUGCUCUAUGGCUGGACCCAAAUAAAACAACACCUUAUGAACUAUAUCAGUAUUUUUUAAAUAUACAGGACACAGAUGUUGGUCAAUAUUUAAAGCUGUUUACAUUUUUACCAGAUUCUGAUAUAGACAGUAUAUUAAGGAAUCAUCAGUGUGAACCAGAGAAAAGAAAGGCUCAGAAGUUGCUAGCAGAAAAAGUUUUAAUUCUAGUGCAUGGAGAGGAAGGAUUACUAGAGGCACAGAGAUGGACAGAGGCAUUUUUCAGUGACAGUCCAGAAGCGUUAUUACAUCUGUCAGAUAAUGACCUGUCCAGAUUGUUCAAUAAUGCUCCAACCAUUGAUCUACUAUUACAAGAUGACAUCACUGUUCUAGAUCUUGUCAUGAAGAGUAAAUGUUUAGAUAGAGAAGUUGAUGCUAUUAGGAUGAUAAAAGCAGGUGGAAUUUAUCUUAACCAAGUUAGAGUUACAGAUCCUGAUUGUCUACUUACAUUUGGACAGCACAUUUUACCAAAUAAAAUAACUUUAUUACGUAAAGGGAAGAAAACAUACUACAUUAUAAGAUGGAAGACCUUGGAUUGAGAGAUUAAUACUAAAUUAAUAAUGAUAAUUGCAAUUUCUUUCAUGUAUGAGCAAAAAUAAAAAUAUGCAUAAAAUGUAUAUAGAAUUUAAUUUUGUUAUAUGAUAUAUA